AUGACAGACUCCACAACUCCAAAGAACAAGCUCCAAGGCAAGGUGGCCAUAAUCACUGGCGGAGCAAGCGGCAUGGGUGAGGCCACGGCUCGCCAUUUCGCCGCACACGGUGCAAGAGCCAUCGUCAUCGCCGACGUCCAGGACGAGAAGGGCCAAAACGUCGCCACAUCUAUCGGCCCCAACAUAUGCACCUAUGUCCACUGCGAUGUCAGCGACGAGGAACAAGUGAAAACGUUGGUAUACUCCACAGUCAAAACGUAUGGACAACUCGACAUCAUGUUCAGCAACGUGGGCAUGGCUCGAGCGAUCCACACGUGCGAACAGACCGUGUUGGACAUAGACUUGUCGGCUUACGACAAGCUCAUGACGGUGAACGCACGUGGGAUGGUGGCGUGCGUGAAGCACGCGGCGAAGGCGAUGGUGGAAGGGCGUGUGAGGGGGAGCAUAAUUUGCACCGCGAGCAUGGCGGCGAGUAUUGGUACUGAUAGGUUUGUCGACUAUGCCAUGUCGAAGCACGCAGUGUUAGGGUUGGUGAGGUCAGCGAGCUUGCAGGUGGGUUCAUAUGGGAUACGCGUGAAUUGUGUUUCACCAGGGGCAGUUGGGACGCCACUGCUGAAGGACAUGUUCGGGUUUGAAAAUGAUGAGGAGGUAGAUAAGGUGUUAGAGUCGAGUUCAAACUUGAAAGGUGGGGUGCUGAUGCCAAAAAAUGUGGCAGAUGCUGUGGUGUUUCUUGCUUCUGAGGAUUCCCAAUUUGUCACUGGCCAUAAUUUGGUGGUAGAUGCUGGGUUUAAAUCUUGA